AUGGAUCCGCUGUCGGCCGUCGGCCUAGCAUCGGCCAUUCUCAACUUUCUUGACUUCUCGUGGAGCCUGGUGACCAGCGCCAAAGAGCUGCACAGGUCGGGACGCGGGACUACUAGGGAGAACGCCCGCAUCGGCUCCAUCGUCGGCGAUCUGCAAGACUACUCUCUCGAGCUCUCCGUGACGGGCGAGAGCCAAACCAGGAACCGCCUCCCGUCGAAGCACGAGAAAGCCCUGCGCGAUCUGGCACAGAGCUGUGCCGCACUGUCGGCCGAGCUGGAGGACAUCCUGGGCCGGCUCCGGGGGGUCAAGAACUCGAAAUGGCAGUCGCUCAGGACCACGUGGGCCAGCAUGCGCAAGAAGAGCGAAAUCGCGUCCAUAGAGGCCCGCCUCGGCCAGUACCGUGCCCAGAUGAACACUAGAUUGUUGGCUAUGCUCAGAGGGAGGCAGUCUGCGCUCUUCGAGGCGCUGGACGACAUCAAGCAGCGGCUAGAAUCCCUUGGCCAAGUCGUCUGCUCUACGCAGCGCCAAGCUAGGAUUCUGCAACACGUGUACUUCGACGACAUGUUCGCCCGCGAGGAUGCCAUCGAGGACGCGGCUGGGGGAACCUUUGGCUGGAUGCUGGAGGGCGAUAGAGGAGUAGAGGGCGAAGGGCUUUGGGAAGACAACACCUCACCCGCUCGGGCACGGCCGCCAGACUUCAUGUCAGACGCAAUGGACGCCUCUCGGCGGCUUCUGCAGACCUGGCUACGGGAGGGACACGGCGUCUUCCACAUCAGCGGCAAAGCAGGAUCGGGAAAGUCGACGCUGAUGAAACUCGUCUCCAACGACCAACGCACAGCCAACAUGUUGCAACAGUGGAGCGGCGGCAGAGCGUUGGUCACGGCAUCCUUCUACUUCUGGAACUCUGGCAGCGAGUUACAGACGUCCCUGCGCGGCCUCUACCGCGCCAUCCUCUUCCUUGUCCUCCGCCAGUGCCCCGACCUGAUACCCCAAGUCUUCCACGACCAGUGGGAGAACCUGUCGGAACCGUCGGCCACGUCGCAGAGCCAGAGCCUCGAAGCCGUCCUGUUCCGGCCCCAGCACGUCAAAGCGGCGUUCGACGUGCUCAUGGAGCUGCCCGUCCAGUCGGGCUCGCCGGCCUUUUGCUUCUUCAUCGACGGGCUCGACGAGUACGAAGCACACGCCUUCGACCACAAGCGACUCGCGGUCCAGCUGCGCAACUGGGCCAAGGCCAGCUACAUCAAGCUCUGCGUCAGCUCGCGCCCGCACGCCGAGUUCACCGACACCUUUCCGCCCGCCCAGCGCAUCAGACUGCACGAGCUAACGGCCUACGACAUGCACCGCUUCAGCUGUGACCUGUUCGAGAGCGACGACAGCUUCCCACGCGUGCGGGAUCUGUACCUGGAGCUGGUCCGGGACAUGGUCGAGAUGGCCGAGGGCGUGUUCUUAUGGGCGCGCAUCGUGUGCAAGUCGGUCGUG